UUUCUGGAGUAAGUUGAAUGUGCGUUCUCCUCACUCGCAUCAUAACUGUUACGAUGGGGAAGCUCAGGAAAAACCACUUUGGAAUUUUAACGUUUUCGUUCUUUUUUACUUGUAUCUGCUGUGCGCAAAGCGCCAAAGAUCUGAGGGAUCCCAGUAAUAUGCCGCUGGUUAAAGACACGGUCGACAGACUGAUGAAAGGCUACGACAUUCGGUUGAGGCCAGAUUUUGGAGGUGCGCCGGUGGCAGUGGGGAUGAAUAUAGACAUAGCCAGCAUAGACAUGGUGUCUGAAGUCAAUAUGGACUACACGUUGACCAUGUACUUCCAGCAGGCCUGGCGGGACAAGCGUCUGUCCUACUCUGAGAUUGCCCUCAACCUGACGUUGGAUAACAGGGUAGCCGACUCGCUCUGGGUUCCCGACACCUACUUCCUCAACGAUAAAAAGUCCUUUGUCCACGGCGUCACGGUCAAGAACAGAAUGAUCCGACUGCAUCCGGACGGCACCGUUCUCUAUGGACUCCGGAUCACAACCACAGCAGCCUGUAUGAUGGAUCUGAGGCGGUAUCCUCUGGACGAACAGAACUGCACACUGGAGAUCGAGAGCUAUGGCUACACCACUGAUGACAUUGAGUUCUACUGGCGAGGGGGAGAUGGAGCUGUGUCUGGGGUGGAGAGAAUAGAGCUGCCUCAGUUCUCCAUCGUGGACUACAAGCUGGUCUCCAAGAACGUGGUCUUCUCUACAGGUUCCUACCCACGUCUGUCUCUGAGCUUCAAGCUGAAGAGGAACAUCGGCUACUUUAUCCUCCAGACCUACAUGCCCUCCAUCCUGAUCACCAUCCUGUCUUGGGUCUCCUUCUGGAUCAACUAUGAUGCCUCCGCUGCCAGAGUGGCUCUGGGUAUCACCACGGUGUUGACCAUGACCACCAUCAACACCCAUCUGAGAGAGACGCUCCCUAAGAUCCCCUACGUCAAGGCCAUCGACAUGUACCUGAUGGGCUGCUUCGUGUUCGUCUUCCUGGCCCUGCUGGAGUACGCCUUCGUCAACUACAUCUUCUUCGGACGGGGGCCCCAGAGGCAGAAGAGGGCCGCCGAGAAACUAGCCGUCGUCAACAACGAGAAACUCCGACCCGACCCCAAUAAGUGGAUGGUGGGAAAUGUAGUUCAGAGAGAUGAUGCUCUGUAUGCCAGAAUGAAACAGAGGGAAAUUGACGCGUAUGACACGAUGUGGGAUCCCAUCUUUGUGGACGAUGCCGCAUUAGGACUAGGCGAGCAAAGAAAUAAGAUGACCGCCUCCCUGACUGAUGACAACAUCCUGUUUGGUUCCCUGGAGAUGAAGAACGAGAUGGGGGGUGUUCCUUCUGAGCUGUCCAGGUCCCUGGGCCCUGGGGGUCUGGGUGACCCGCGCAACACCAUGCUGGCCUACGACAGCUCCACGCUGCAGUACCGCAGGGCCGCCAUGGCCCGACAGAACUACGGUGGCGGACCUCACAGCGCCCUGGAGCGCCACGCCACCCAGAAGAAGUCCCGCCUACGGAGACGGGCCUCGCAGCUCAAGGUCAACAUCCCUGACCUGGCUGAUGUGAACUCUAUCGACAAGUGGUCCAGGAUGAUCUUCCCUACCGUGUUCUCCUUCUUUAACGUGAUCUACUGGCUGUACUACGCUCACUAAGGAGAGAGAGAGAGAGAGAGAGAGAGAGAGAGAGAGAGAGAGAGAGAGAAAGAGAGAGAGAGAGAGAGAG